UCCCAUUCAGCGGCUGGUGCAAAACUAGUUUGUUUAAACAGCUCGACCGUUAUGAUGAGGAUUUUGCUCCCUCUUCCCGCUUCAUGGGCAAUUAAUUAGACCUUACUUUAAAUUUCCAGCAUCCUAUGUGUGUUAUAGCGACUUAUCGGAGACAUUUCGAGUUAUUAAUCCAUCUCCAGUCGCGUGUGGAGAGCGUACGCUGUCUGAGGAGAAGACACUUUUGGUACCUUUUGGAUGGAGGGUUGGCGCGGAAGGCAGUCGGUCAGUGAUUGUGUGGAUUAAGCGGGGAGGAAGUAACGUUACUUGUAAAGGUGCGGUGGUGAGAAGGUCUCUCUGUUGAGAUUUGAUUUGACUUCCCGGGUUUAAUGCGGACGAAAGCUCGCGCUCGAGCGAGGUGCGUCGACGGGCGGGAGGAGAAUGGCACGAGCUUCCGCGCUUCUGAGGGGAAAACAAGUACUUGGCUUUCUUGAGGGGCGUCGGGCACAUUGCGCAGGAAUCUGACUGUCCCUCAGAGUACGUUUUUGGGGAUAUCUAUCCAUUACGUCGAAAGGAAAAAAAAAAAACCAUUGGAUUUUAGUGGCUUUGGAUAUGGGCUUUGGGGAGUUGGAUGCCUUCAUAUCGCACGCACCUUUGAAUUUAGUGUGAAUCCAGUGGAACACAACAUGGGAAAAUAUGACAAGUGAGAAGAUUCGGUUCCUCUGACCCUCGGUGCUUCAAGCCGGACUGGCGUUCCUUCUACUAGGUGUAAAAACCUGAUUUACAAUGGAAAAACUGCUUGUCUGCUUGUUGGUUAUCGGAAUGGCAGUGAAGGCCCAGAUCUGUCCAAAGCGCUGUGUCUGUCAAGUUCUAUCCCCCAACCUCGCAACACUCUGUGCCAAAAAAGGGCUGCUAUUUGUUCCGCCCAACAUUGACAGGCACACCGUGGAGCUCCGGCUAGCUGAUAACUUUGUCACCAGCAUAAAACGGAAAGACUUGGCCAACAUGACCAAGCUGGUGGAUCUUACUUUGUCGAGGAAUACAAUAAGCUACAUCACUCCACAUGCGUUCGGGGACUUGGAGAACCUACGAGCCUUGCAUCUAGACCACAACCGGUUGACGCGAAUAGCCAACGAUACCUUCAGUGGCAUGUCUAAGCUGCAUCACCUGAUUCUGAACAACAACCAACUGACCCUCAUCCACAUGGGAGCCUUUAAUGACCUACUAGCUCUCGAAGAACUGGAUUUAUCCUACAACAAUCUGGAGACCAUUCCCUGGGAGGCCGUUCAAAAGAUGACCAGCCUACACACUCUUAGUCUGGACCACAACAUGAUCGAAUACAUUCCUGAGGGUACUUUUUCCCUCCUACAGAAGCUUAACCGCUUGGACGUGACCUCCAACAAGCUCCAGAAGCUUCCACCGGACCCACUUUUCCAGCGGGCGCAGGUUCUGGCCACGUCUGGUGUAAUGAAUCCCUCCUCUUUCGCUCUGAGCUUUGGAGGAAAUCCUUUACACUGCAACUGUGAGCUGCUGUGGCUUCGGCGGCUCAAUCGCGAGGAUGACUUGGAGACCUGCGCCACACCCUUGCACCUCUCUGGACGCUAUUUCUGGUCGAUCCCAGAGGAGGAGUUCCUCUGUGAGCCACCCCUCAUCACCCGCCACUCUCACGAGAUGAGGGUCCUGGAGGGACAGCGGGUAGCGUUGAAGUGCAAAGCUAGGGGAGAUCCAGAACCUGCCAUUCACUGGAUAUCUCCCGAUGGGAAGUUGGUUUCAAACUCAUCACGCACACUGGUUUACAACAAUGGUACGUUGGACAUCCUGAUAAGCACAGUAAAGGACACGGGCUCUUUCACGUGCAUUUCCUCGAAUCCCGCCGGAGAGGCCCACCAGACUGUGGAGCUGGUCAUCAUCAAGCUUCCACACAUUAGCAACAGCACCAAUAACAUCCAGGAGCCUGACCCGGGCUCUUCUGACAUCUCCACUUCGACAAGGGCGGGAGCAAACGGCGGCAACCACACCGGCGAUGCCAAGACCAGCUCUGAUAAGAGGGUGGUUAUGGCAGAAGCCACCUCGUCCACAGCACUCAUCAAAUUUAACUUCCAGAGGAAUAUACCUGGAAUACGCAUGUUUCAGAUUCAGUAUAAUGGAACCUACGAUGACUCUCUUGUUUACAGAAUGAUUCCCCCAACGAGUAAAAACUUCCUGGUGAAUAACCUGGCUGCCGGGACACAGUACGACCUCUGCGUGCUAGCCAUUUACGACGACGGCAUAACCUCCCUGACGGCUACACGGGUUGUGGGCUGCGUGCAGUUCACCACUGAAUCCGAAUAUCUGCGCUGCCACUUCAUGCAGUCCCAGUUCUUGGGUGGCACUAUGAUCAUCAUCAUCGGGGGCAUAAUUGUCGCCUCCGUCCUCGUCUUCAUCAUCAUCCUCAUGAUCCGCUACAAGGUGUGCAACAGCGGCGACUCCGCCAAGGGGACCUCGGUCACCGAUGUGCACUCGCAAACCAACGGGGCACAAUCCCAGGGCUGUACCGUCACGCCAUCCGCAUCCAAACAAGGUGCUUUGAGCUUGGAGGACGGCGAGGGGUGCAAAAAGAGCUCCGCCACGGCUCUUCCUCCGCCUCCAGAUUCCCAAACCCACACCUCAGAGACCUCCAUCCCAGACUGCUCCACCUCCACUUCCCUGGUAAGCCAAAGCUGGACGACUCCCGGCUCUUCAGGGUCACUAAAGCCAAAGCGCAAACCAGCGCCAAAGCCCGUCCCGGCGGCCUGCGCCGAGCCCAAAGUAGAGGCGCUGCUCAACGCAGAGACACAAAACACCAACCGCAACAACUCCACCGCUCUUCAGCAGCCGGUCCCAACCCCUCCGCCCCCUCCAUCCCGCUUCAAAGACACUCCGAUUUUAAGGAGGGCUCGUCCGUCUUCGUCCAAGUAUAUGACACUGCCUGUGGAAGGAGCGCGGGCUAAACGCAGGUACUCUUUGAACGAGAACCUGUCGAAACAUCACUGCUACAUUGGCUCGCAGAAGCUGGGCAACGUGUUUUGCAAGCGGAGUAUGUCUGUGAACGGAAUGCUAGUCCAAAUGGCGAACUCGAAUCUAGACAGUGAGAAAACUGCAUUUUCCAGUUCAGAGUGGAUUUUAGAGAGCACCGUGUGAAUGUAAGACUGCUGGAGAAUAGAUGGAGUGCCUGCAUCUCAUUGUGUACGUGCGUUCGUGUGUGAGUGUGUGUGUGUGGGUGUGUAUAGGCGCUCAUACUAUAUAAAUGUGUGUGAUUGUAUGAAUGUGCACGUUUUGCACCAUUUAUUUUGUUUCCAUCCGCAAAUCAUAUUUUCUGCUGUCUUUUUAUUAAUGUUUUCUGGAAACCCAUGGAUUAAUGUGGAUAUUUGCCUAGAGGGAGGUGUGAGAGCCGCUCUGAGCAAGAUCCAUCACCUGAGAGAGACACGCCUCCAUCUUCACUGCACACGCCGAGUGUCACGGUAAGAGGAAAGCAUUGGUGCCUUCCUGUGUCCUCUUACCAGGGGCUCCUACUGGAUAUGAGCUUUGUGUCGGUUACACGGAUGGAAGGAAACAUAAAGAGAUUUCACAAAAAAGCCUUUCUAUUCAAGGAAAUGACAUUUCCUGCAUAUUAUAGAGGAAAAAAACAACAACAACUAUAUAAGGACUUGAUACUGGGACCUGUUAUUAAAUUGAUAUUUUUUAAAAAAGCAUUUUCUUUUCAGUGACAUUGAUUUUGCCUUUGUUUUAAGGCAUUAAAAAAAAACAUGUACAGAAAGACAACAUCUGCUGUGUUCUUAUGUUGUGUAAAAUAAUAAAUAAAAA